GACUCGCAGAUGUUCGGGAUUUGUUGGUGGUAGUCGGAACUUCUCGGCUAUGCUCCCCCUCCCCAACUCAUAGGCUACAAGCCCACUGAGUCCUGAGACGCUCGUAUCAGGGAUUCCGGUACGGCGCGGCGUACCGUCACAGAUCUAGCGCUGAUGUCAUGAAGCUAUUGGUGCUACUGUUUGUGAUUGUGCAAUGUCUGCAAGUGAGUACAGCUGCCAGGAUACUUGCUCUGUGUUCUACUGCCUCUCACAGCCACUCUCUCUGGUGCUUCCAGUACAUGUCCGCUCUAGCUGAGAGAGGGCAUCAGACCACUGUACUAGCAUUGGACGAACCCAAAAUUAAAGUUCCAAACAUGACCACAUUCUUAGUGGAUCGGGCUUAUGAGGAAACUUUCACUGAUGGCAUUAUUUCAGACUGGUUGUCCAAUAGGAAAAUUGGAAUGAUAAACGUUGCUUUCAAAAACUGGGAUGAGGCAUCAUCUAAAGCAAUAAUGCACUCAAAGGCAUUGAAGGAAUUGAUAAAACAGAAUGAAAACAAGAAAAAGCCAUUUGAUUUGAUUAUUCAUGAUCACACAAGUGUCCAUGCACUCCUUGGUAUGGUUCCUCUGUUUGGAAAUCCUCCAUUAAUUCUAGCCUCAACAUUCGGCACACCACAAUGGUUGCCGUUUCGUGCCGGUAACAUCUUCAAUCCUGCUUAUGUCCCGAGUAUGAUAACUAGUGCAGACCAUCACAUGACAUUCUACCAGAGGUGUGAGAACUUAUUCUACUACAUCUUCCUGGAGUGGUACACCAAAUUUGUCACAGAGCCAUUCCAAGAUCAGCUGAUGAGGGAGGUGUUUGGGCCCAACUUGCCUCAUGUGAGAGAUAUCGUUAAACAGGCCAAUAUCAUCAUUGUCAACCACCACUUUGCUAUGAAUAGCCCAAGACCUGUAUUACCCGGCGUUGUCGAAAUCGCUGGUCUCCAUAUCUCAAAACCCAAGCCACUACCACAGGACCUGAAGGACUUUAUGGAUGGAGCAGAACACGGUGUGAUCUUGCUAAGCUUUGGUUCCAAUGUAGCUUCUAACUGGUUAGGAGAAGGGUUUGAGGACAAAGUAUUAUUAGCAAUACGACAACUACCACAGCGAGUAAUAUGGAAAUGGGACAGGGACAUAUCCAAUAUCCCACCAAAUGUGAAACUAAGCAAGUGGUUACCUCAAAAUGAUAUUAUGGCGCACCCCAAAUUACGCCUUUUCAUCACUCACUGUGGGCUUCUCAGUACUCAAGAAGCGAUCUAUCGCAGAGUCCCCAUCAUGGGCCUCCCAGUGUUUUGUGAUCAGAUGGACAAUGCUGAAUUACUGGCUAGACGGAACCUUUCAAUUUACUUGGAUCCUCAGAAGAUCACAUCUGAACUGUUCUUAAACAGUGUAAAGGAAAUGUUGUCUAAUCCUAUGUACAAGAAGAACAUGGAACGGAUGAGUGACUUGAUGACAGACAUGCCUCUGACCUCCAAACAGCAGGCAGUGUUCUGGAGUGAGUACGCCAUCAGACACCAAGGAGCACCACAUCUACGCUCAGCUGCUGCAGACAUGUCCUGGAUUCAGUUGCUCAUGCUUGAUGUCAUAGGCACUGUCUUCUUGAUAUUGCUGGUUGUUCUGUGGAUAGUCAAGACUGUCCUUUUAUUUGUACUUAGGAAAUUUAUAUCCUCAACAUCAAAAAUUAAAGAAGAUUGAACUAUUUUUCUCAUCAAUAAACUUGUAUAGUAAUACAGAGCAGCUCUACCAGUUGCAAGUCUCUGGACAAAUCUUGAGCAAGUUCUUAAAUGCAUAUUUAUAAUUCUUAUUUAUAAGCCUGCAUAAUACCUAUUACUAUUGUUAGUUAAGUUUCAGAACAAUCUCCCGUUUUAAUCUUAAAUUUUAAAAUAAUUAUAAAUUAAUUUUAAUUUAAUUUUAAAUAAAUUUUUUUAAUUUAUAUAAAAUAAAAUUUUGUUUUUUAA